AGGCGGCGGAGCGGCCACAAUCACAGCUCCGGGCAUUGGGGGAACCCGAGCCGGCUGCGCCGGGGGAAUCCGUGCGGGCGCCUUGCGUCCCGGUCCCAUCUUCGCCGCGCUCCCGCACCCCUGAAGUUUUGCAGCGCCCAGAAAGGAGGCAAGGGAGGAGGGAGCGUGAGAGGAGAGCAGGCAAAAAGCACACCCUAAAACAUUUAUUUCAAGGAGGAGAGGAAAAAGGGGGGCGCAAAAAUGGCUGGGGCAAUUAUAGAAAACAUGAGCACCAAGAAGCUGUGCAUUGUUGGUGGGAUUCUGCUCGUGUUCCAAAUCAUCGCCUUUCUGGUGGGAGGCUUGAUUGCUCCAGGGCCCACAACGGCAGUAUCCUACAUGUCAGUGAAAUGUGUGGAUGUCCGUAAAAACCAUCACAAGACAAAAUGGCUAAUGCCUUGGGGACCCAACCAAUGCGACAAGAUCCGAGACAUCGAGGAAGCAAUCCCAAGGGAAAUCGAAGCCAAUGACAUUGUGUUUUCUGUCCACAUUCCCCUUCCUUCCAUGGAGAUGAGUCCUUGGUUCCAAUUCAUGCUGUUUAUCCUGCAGCUGGACAUUGCAUUCAAGCUGAACAACCAAAUCCGAGAAAAUGCAGAAGUUUCCAUGGAUGUUUCCCUGGCUUACCGCGACGAUAUGUUUGCUGAAUGGACUGAAAUGGCCCAUGAGAGAGUGCCCCGGAAACUCAAAUGUACCUUCACAUCCCCCAAGACCCCGGAAUAUGAGGGUCGUUACUAUGAAUGUGAUGUCCUUCCUUUCAUGGAAAUUGGGUCUGUAGCUCAUAAGUACUAUCUUCUGAACAUUCGGCUCCCUGUGAAUGAGAAGAAGAAAAUCAACGUUGGAAUUGGGGAAAUAAAGGAUAUUCAGUUGGUGGGAAUCCAUCAAAAUGGAGGCUUCACCAAGGUGUGGUUUGCCAUGAAGACCUUCCUUACGCCCAGCAUCUUCAUCAUUAUGGUGUGGUAUUGGAGGAGGAUCACUAUGAUGUCCCGACCCCCAGUGCUUCUAGAAAAAGUCAUCUUUGCCCUUGGGAUUUCCAUGACAUUUAUCAACAUACCAGUGGAGUGGUUUUCCAUUGGAUUCGACUGGACGUGGAUGCUGCUGUUUGGUGACAUCCGACAGGGCAUUUUCUAUGCGAUGCUUCUCUCCUUCUGGAUCAUCUUCUGUGGCGAGCACAUGAUGGAUCAGCAUGAGCGGAAUCACAUAGCAGGGUAUUGGAAACAAGUUGGACCAAUUGCUGUUGGCUCUUUCUGCCUCUUCAUAUUUGACAUGUGUGAGAGAGGGGUACAACUCACGAAUCCCUUCUACAGUAUCUGGACUACAGAUGUUGGAACAGAGUUGGCUAUGGCCUUCAUCAUUGUGGCUGGUAUCUGCCUCUGCCUCUACUUCCUGUUUCUGUGCUUCAUGGUGUUUCAGGUGUUUCGGAACAUCAGUGGGAAGCAGUCCAGCCUGCCAGCCAUGAGCAAAGUCCGGCGGCUGCACUAUGAGGGGCUGAUUUUCAGGUUCAAGUUCCUCAUGCUGAUCACCUUGGCCUGUGCUGCUAUGACUGUCAUUUUCUUCAUCGUUAGUCAGGUGACUGAAGGCCACUGGAAGUGGGGCGGUGUCACAGUCCAAGUGAACAGUGCCUUUUUCACAGGCAUCUAUGGGAUGUGGAACCUGUAUGUCUUUGCUCUGAUGUUCCUAUAUGCACCAUCUCAUAAGAACUACGGGGAAGACCAGUCCAAUGGUGAUUUGGGUGUCCACAGUGGGGAGGAACUCCAGCUCACCACCACCAUCACUCACGUGGACGGACCCACCGAGAUCUACAAGUUGACCCGCAAGGAGGCCCAGGAGUAAGAGGCUGCGGCACCCGGGUGCAAAGGAAUGCUCGAAUGCUCGAGGCUCGUAGCUGGGGUUUCUUGGACCUGCGGCAUGGACAUUUGUCAGUUUGCCUUCUGACUGUAGCUCUCGGAGUAAGAUUCCUCCUGCGGCCACUAAUGCGUUGUGUAUAAUAACAAAACCUCUGAUAUGACACAUUUUCUGUGAUCAUUGUUAAUUAGUGACAUAGUAACAUCUGUAGCAGGUGGUUAGUAAACCUCAUGUGUUGGGGGUGUUCUCCUUGGGGGAUGGUUUGGGCCAGAUGGGGUCUAUAUGGAGUGGAAUUAUUUGACUCUUUUUCCUGUUUUAGAUUCUAGGAUAGAUUUUAACAUUUUUUGCAGCCCAGGAUAGGCUGACGUCAUAGUCUUCUCAAUCCUAGUCUGUGACCACUUGUGUUUUGUUUUUCUAUUUAUAUCACCAAGUAGCCUAUUGAGUUAAUAUUUAAGUUGUCGAUAGAUAUGUGUCCCUAUUUUUUAUGGCAUAAUAUAAAAUAACUGAAUCUCAUGAGAAGGUCUGUUACGCCAGGGGCAUUUCAGCUUUGAAACCAAAUCUGUAUAUCCAAUACUAACCAGUCUGUUGGAUGUGGGUUUAAAAAAAAAAUGUUUGCUAAACUACCCAAGUAGGAUUUACUGUAUUAAAUGGCCUUUGGGUCUGAAAAGCUUUUUUAACCCCUUGCUUAAAAUGUGUUUUCUUUUGAUAAGAUGCUUCCAACAGCCUCCAACAGUGUAGAUCCGAUCAUUUCAAUAAACCUGUACGUGUACGCA